GUGGAAGGGAAAGCUUAUGAAAUUACUGAGAGUAGAAAAAGAAAGUGAGAGAGAAAGAGAGAGCUGAUGGACUAGCAGCAACUGACAACAAUUUGAACGAGCAGUUUUCCUCAGAAGCCAUGCAUAUUAUUGUGAUAGAGUCUUGCACACAAGCCAAGACUUAAAUCUGUACAGAGGAAGAAAAAAAACCCAACUUGUGAUGAACGCUGACCAACACUGAGACAGUCAGACAUGAGUUACCGUCUACUCAGGGCCAUCAGCUGUCUCUUCCUUCUCCAUACGGUUCUCCAUGCUGAACAAUGCAGCCAGCGUGUGGUGGCAGAGCGUGAGACAUUAUACGUACCAGCAGGACAAAGUCUGUCUCUGUCCUGUGUGGUCCAGCACUGUGGAGGCGCCUGGAAUGGAAACUGGAUUCGGAGAAAUUCAACAGAUGAAAUGUUAAUUGUGAGGCAUCGUCUGACCAAUGUGACGCUCUCAGCCUAUGAAACUCAACUAACUUUGAAUUUCCUGAACAUCAGCCAAUUAGACGAAGGUUCCUAUGGAUGCAGAGUUAUAUGGGCUGAAGGUGAAACUGAGCAAGGACAUUUGAAGUAUGUGAACGUCACUGCAGCCGUCCCCUCUAAGAGGAGUAUAUUGCACAGGCUUCUGGUCUGUGCCGGUGCUUCUCUUUGUCUUCCCAUCAUUCUGGGACUGGCUCAUCGUCUGAGUUCAGAGGUCAAGCCUCAGCCCCUUCCCAGGACACUUUCCACAUACUCUGCUGUAUACAGAGACCAACCAGAGCCGGCUCCACAGCCCCCACCUCGAUGUCCCAUACCUCAGAAACAAAGCGCUUCUUUUCACAAAGCCGUCCCCAAGUCCCCACAGAAGACUGAGGUGGUGUAUGCCGAUAUUUCCCAGGGUGCACUGAGACAACAGGUAGCCACCAGAGAGCCUGACCCAUCCACCGUGUACUCAGCCCUCAGAUUUUCCUGAAUGCAUCGAAGCAGGCGGGCAAAUUGUCUGAUGGGGAUCAAUUAUGUAUCAUUGUUUCGGGAUUGUGCUUGAUCCUGGACGCCUUCAGGAGACAUUUGGUGUGGACUUUUGGAAUCUGGGAGCUCCUCACAUGCAGGACUGCAUCUCAGAGAUAUUCUGAUGAAUAUUUCCCUCAGGGUCAGCCUUGAACUCAAGACUUUACCUGAGUAUUGUGGAAAAUAAUUAAAGAAGAGGACAAAAUAAUAUGGCAGGGUAAUUUUGUCCCUCCAAGUCUGUGUAUUGUCCGAGUUACAUUUUGAUGUUGUGACUGUUUUAAGUGCCCAGACAUGUGAAAGGCAGCAUAAUAGAUAGCAAGUGGAGCAGAUAAUGAGAUAUUGCAGCACGCAUCAACCAGCUGAACCAUCCAGAGGUGCUACAGAUAGAAAAUAUUCAUCUCUAUGGCAUAAUUUCACUGAUAUAAACACUUUAUUGUUUUGAAAUGUAACUGCAGACAAGCAAAACAUUAAGUGCAGUCUGACCAGUUAAACGUUUUUUUUAUGUGUAACAAACUUUGUCUCUUAUAUCGACUGUGCUCAUGUACAUAACAUAUUAAAGU